UAAACAAAGAAUUGCAAGUCGCAAUAUUUGUAGUUUGCACGGCGAGGUGGAUCUAAGGUCGAUCACUUGUAUCACGAGGCAUAUUUUGGCACAAUGAAAGCAUGUUGUCUAGUCUGAUCAAGAAGUCGAGGUCGUUCAUCGGCCUCGGGGACAAGAAUGCAGCUGUUGACGGCUUUGUCGAAGUGUGCUCCGCAGAACAAGCAGAAGUAGCCACUGAGAGCUUCAUGGAUCCGGAAGCAGAGCGAUUGAAGAUGGAGGAAUUCAAAGAAAUCGUUUAUGAGAGCAUACGGACCAUAAAGGAUCCCGAAAAACCGUCAACCCUGGAAGAUUUGAAUGUUGUCUAUGAGGAGGGCGUUCAUGUUUCCAGUAUGGAAAACAGUGAAGUCUUGCUGGUCAAAGUUGAGUUUAACCCGACUGUUCCGCACUGCUCGUUGGCCACUUUGAUUGGCCUGUGUAUCCGUGCCAAACUGCUCAAGAGCAUGGUCGAUCCCUUCAAACUGGACAUCAAAAUCAAGGAAGGCGCUCACAACACAGAACAUGAGAUAAACAAGCAGAUAAAUGAUAAGGAGAGAAUAGCAGCUGCUAUGGAGAAUCCCAACUUGAGAUCUAUGGUGGAGCAAUGUGUGCAAGAACCAGACUAAUUUGUGUCUACUUAAGCGUGAAUGUCCGCUAAUGAAAUAUUUUUACGAAAGUGAUAUAUGAUUUCUGUUGAAGAAUGACGAAGCAAUUUUGAAAUUGUUGUUUUCUUACUCUUAAUAAAAUAUUGAAUAGAUUUU